AUGUUAGCUUGGACCUAUGGCUAUCCUCGAGUCAUGAGCAGUUUCUACUUUGAAAAGACUGAUCAAGGACCGCCAAAUUACGGCGUCAGAAGCGGCUUUGCGACCAGGUCACCGUCAUUUAAUCCAGACCAAACAUGCGAUCCAUCCUCUGGUUGGGUGUGCGAGCACAGAUGGCCAACUAUCAGAUUCGGUGCUGAAAAACUUUGGCUUGGAUGCCUUUUUGUUCUAGGGAAAUGGUCAGAUUCCGAAGCACAUGCGCUGGCACGCCAGCAGUUGAGAAGGUGA